AUGAGGUCUGAGGCCUCCUACUGUCUCCUUCAUGCCGGCAGCCCAGUGUGGGGCUGGGUGUACUCAUUUGGGGGCAGAGAUCUGGUGAGCAGCUACUCCAUGACCCCCCCAAGCCUGAAUAUUACAGAGGAGGUACACAUCAUCAAUACCAGUGAUAGCCUGUCCAUCUCCUGCAGGGGGCAGCACCCUCUCGAGUGGGCCUGGCCAGGGGCUCAGGAGGCACCAGCCAAGGGUGAGAAGGACAGUGAGGAUACAGGGGUUGUGCGAGACUGCGAGGGCACUGACACCAGGCCCUACUGCAAGGAGUUGCUGCUUCGAGAGGCUCACGCCAAUGACACGGGCAGCUACCGCUGCUAUUACAAGUACAUCAAGGCCCGCAUCGAGGGCACCACUGCAGCCAGUGUCUACGUAUUUGUGAGAGACUUUGAGCAGCCUUUCAUCAACCAGCCGCACACUCUCCUGGUCAAAAGGAAGGACUUCGUGUGGGUGCCCUGCCUGGUGUCCAUCCCGGGCCUCAACAUCACACUGUGCUUGCAAAACUCGGUGCUGCGACCAGACAGGCAGGAGGUGGUGUGGGAUGACCGCCGGGGCAUGCGGGUGCCCGUGCCACUGCUGCGAGAGACCUUGUACCUGCAGUGUGAGACCACCCUGGGUGGCCAGGACUUCCAAUCCAGCCCCUUCCUCGUGCACAUCACAGGCAAUGAGCUCUAUGACAUCCAGCUGUUCCCCAAGAAGUCGCUGGAGCUAUUGGUUGGGGAGAAGCUGGUCCUGAACUGCACCGUGUGGGCUGAGUUCAAUGCAGGUGUCACCUUCAACUGGGACUAUCCUGGGAAGCAGGCAGAGCGGGGUAAAUGGGUGCCAGAGCGGCGCUCGCAGCAGACCCACACAGAGCUCUCCAGCAUCCUCACCAUCCACAACGUCAGCCAGCAUGACCUGGGCCCCUAUGUGUGUGAGGCCAACAACGGUGACCAGCGAUUCCGGGAGAGCACCGAGGUCAUUGUGCACGAAAAGCCCUUCAUCAGCGUUGAGUGGCUCAAGGGUCCCGUCCUGGAGGCCACGGCAGGAGAUGAGCUGGUAAAGCUGCCAGUGAAGCUGUCGGCAUACCCCCCACCCGAAUUCCAAUGGCCUUCUUCCAGCCAGGCUACCACCUCCAGGGCCCUCCUAUCCAGAAAUCCUGAGAUGCCAAGUUGUCAUGGAGGCCGGAGCUAUGUGGCAGUCAGUAAGGAGCUUACAGAGAGGUCUGCGGGGCCACCAGAGCUCAGGCAGAAAGGAAUGCUCCUCCUGCAGGGUGUGCUGAGUGGACCAGCAUGGCCCAACCAUGCCAGAGGAGCCUUGCCUGCUCCAGCCUACCGGCACCUCCCUCCGGGCAGGAUGACCUUCUCUGAAAGGCUGGAGCUGGGCAAGAGAGGCCCCAGGGGGGUGGGAUGGAACAGGGAGGGAGUGCCAGGAUGGGGUUGGGGUAAGUCCACAUGGGCCCUGAAUGCCCUUCCUGGUAGGUACAAGGACAGGAAGGUAGUGUCAGGGCGCCACAGUCCACACGCUCUGGUGAUCAAGGAGGUGACAGAGGCCAGUGCUGGCACCUACACCCUCGCCCUCUGGAAUUCAGCUGCUGGCCUGCGGCGAAACAUCAGCCUGGAGCUGGUGGUGAACGGUACGGGUGUUGGGACUUUUAGAACGCAUGGGCUGGGCCAGAGAGGGGUGGGGGUCAGGCUGACUGACUGCCUGCCUGUGCCCCCAGUGCCCCCCCACAUCCAUGAGAAGGAGGCCUCCUCCCCCAGCAUCUACUCGCGCCACAGUCGCCAAGCCCUCACCUGCACCGCCUAUGGGGUGCCCCCACCCCUCAGCGUCCAGUGGCACUGGCGGCCCUGGACGCCCUGCAAGACCUUCGCCCAGCACAGCCUCCAGCAGCAGCAGCAGGAUGGCAUGCCACAGUGCCAGGACUGGAGGGAGGUGACCAUGCAGGAUGCUGUGAAUCCUAUUGAGAGCUUGGACACCUGGACUGAGUUUGUGGAGGGGAAGAAUAAGACGGUGAGCAAGCUGGUGAUUCAGGACGCCAACGUGUCUGCCAUGUACAAGUGUGUGGUCUUCAACAAGGUGGGCCAGGACGAGCGGCUCAUCUACUUCUACGUGACCAUAAGUUCAAGGGCCGAUGGGAAAGGGGGAAGAGUGAGUGAACACCGGGCAGGUAGGUGGGCAGCCUGGGCAGUGUGGCAGCAGCUCCUCCUCUCUCUGGCAGCCAUCCCCGAUGGCUUCAGCAUUGAAAUAGAGCCAUCUGAGGAGCCCCUGGAGGGCCAGGCCGUGCGCCUGAGCUGCCAGGCAGACAACUACACCUAUGAGCACUUGCGUUUGUACCGCCUCAACCUGUCCACGCUGCACGACGCUCAGGGAAACCCCCUGCUGCUGGACUGCAAGAACGUGCACCUGUUCGCAACGCCGCUGGACGCCACCUUGGAGGAGGCAGCGCCUGGGGCGAGACACGCUACACUCUGCUUGAGUAUCCCCCGCGUGGCGCCUGAGCACGAGGGCGAUUACGUGUGCGAGGUGCAGGACCGGCGCAGCCACGACAAACACUGCCACAAGAAGUACCUGUCAGUGCAGGCCCUGGAAGCCCCGCGGCUCACGCAGAACUUGACCGACCUCUUGGUGAACGUGAGUGACUCCCUGGAGAUGCUGUGCCCGGUGGCAGGGGCACACGUGCCCAGCAUCGUGUGGUACAAAGACGAGAGGCCGCUGGAGGAGGAGUCCGGAAUCGACCUAGCGGACUCGAACCAGAAGUUGAGCAUCCAGCGAGUGCGCGAGGAGGACGCGGGUCGAUAUCUGUGCAGCGUGUGCAACGCCAAGGGCUGCGUCAAUUCCUCGGCCAGCGUGGCGGUGGAAGGCUCAGAGGAUAAAGGUAGCAUGGAGAUCGUGAUACUCAUUGGCACCGGGGUCAUCGCUGUCUUCUUUUGGGUCCUCCUACUCCUUAUUUUCUGUAACAUGAGAAGGCCGGCCCACGCAGACAUCAAGACCAGUUACCUGUCCAUCAUCAUGGACCCGGGUGAAGUGCCCUUGGAAGAGCAGUGUGAAUACCUGUCCUACGAUGCCAGCCAGUGGGAGUUCCCCCGAGAGCGGCUGCACCUGGGGAGAGUCCUCGGCCACGGGGCCUUCGGAAAGGUGGUGGAAGCCUCAGCUUUCGGUAUCAACAAGGGCAGCAGUUGUGACACCGUGGCUGUGAAAAUGCUGAAAGAGGGUGCCACAGCCAGCGAGCACCGUGCCCUCAUGUCGGAGCUCAAGAUCCUCAUCCACAUCGGUAACCACCUCAACGUGGUCAACCUCCUGGGGGCGUGCACCAAGCCCAACGGCCCCCUAAUGGUGAUUGUGGAGUUCUGCAAGUACGGCAACCUCUCCAACUUCUUACGCGCCAAACGGGAGACCUUCAACCCUUACGCGGAGAAGUCCCCAGAGCAGCAAAGGCGUUUCCAGGCCAUGGUGGAGGGUGCGAAGGCUGACCGAAGGAACCAAUCCGGAAGCAGCGACAGAGCCCUCCCCGUUCGGCUACUGAUCGGCAAGGGCGUGGCAGGACAGGCGCCUUCAGUUGGAGACGCAGAGGACCUAUGGCUGAGCCCACUGACUAUGGAAGACCUGGUCUGCUACAGCUUCCAGGUGGCCCGGGGGAUGGAGUUCCUGGCCUCCCGCAAGUGCAUCCACAGGGACCUGGCUGCUCGGAACAUUCUGCUGUCAGAGAGCGAUGUGGUGAAGAUCUGCGACUUCGGCCUCGCCCGGGAUAUCUACAAAGACCCGGACUAUGUCCGCAAGGGCAGUGCCCGGCUGCCCCUAAAGUGGAUGGCUCCUGAAAGCAUCUUCGACAAGGUGUACACCACGCAGAGUGACGUGUGGUCCUUUGGGGUGCUGCUCUGGGAGAUCUUCUCUCUGGGGGCCUCCCCAUACCCUGGGGUACAGAUCAAUGAGGAGUUCUGCCAGCGGCUCAAAGAUGGCACCAGAAUGAGGGCCCCAGAGCUGGCCACUCCUGCCAUACGCCGCGUCAUGCUAAGCUGCUGGUCUGGAGACCCCAAGGCCAGGCCUGCAUUCUCUGAGCUGGUGGAGAUCCUGGGGGAUCUGCUGCAGGGCAGAGGACAACAGGAAGAGGAGGACUUCGUGCCCCCACGGGGCUCCCAGAGUUCUGAGGAGGGCAGCUUCCUGCAGGCGUCCACCACAGCGCUGCAUGUCGUCGCCGGCACCGACUCCAAGUGCAGCCCGCCCAGCCUGAACCGCCACAGCCUGGCCGCCAGAUACUACAAUUGCGUGUCCUUUCCUGGGUGCCUGGCUAGAGGAACUCAGACCCAGGGUCCCUCCAGGAUGAAAACGUUCGAAGAAUUUCCCAUGACCCCAACAACCUACAAAGCCUUGGUGGAUAACCAGACAGACAGUGGGAUGGUGCUGGCGUCUGAGGAGUUUGAGCGGAUAGAGAACAGACAUAGACAAGAAGGUAGCUUCAGUUGUAAAGGACCUUGCCGGAAUGUGGAUGUGACCAGCGUGCACGCAGACCUUCAAGGGAUUCGGCGGUGGCCCAAUCAGGGGGCACAAGGAGGCCAGGUGUUUUACAAUAGCGAGUACGGGAAGCUGUCAGAGCCGCAUGAGGAGGGAGAAUGCACCCCAUCGGCCUGUGCCCCCUUCUUCACAGACAACAGCUACUAAGGCAAUGCUGGGCAAUGCCCCCACUACUGGCUGACCCUGGGCUCCAACAGGUGGUGGGGGCUGUGCCUGGCAGGACGAGCAGAGGACUAGGGCCCAGGUUGGGAACUCAUCUCCUUUGGACCAGGCUGCAGAGGAGUUUCCCAUUCCCUCUGUAUAUCCUCCCCAGUAGGAAGAGCAAAACUGUAGGUUCAAGGGCUCCCCUGAACUCUACCAUCAAGCCCAGGGCCGUGCUUUGAGCCCCCUGUAGUUUCUCUUCCCCUUCCAGAGUCAGAUUCCAUGUAGCUCAGCAGCCACAGGGGCCGAUCAGGCGGUCCCAUGGAGAAUGUCUCCAUGGCAUGGUCCCCAUUUUCUGAUGAGGAAUGUAUGGGUCUGAGGGUCACACAAUGAUUGAGGUAGAGCUACACUUGAGCCCAGGAUUCAUGCUCCAGCCCAAAACGCUGUCUUCUCCACAUGCAGCCUUCGCUUCCCUCAGGAAGUGGCUUUCUUCACCUGCCUCUCAGGGGCUGAAGAGAGGGUGUCAUCUUUCUCAUCUCAAAGUAAUAAAUGAGGAAUUUGGGGGUUUCUCUUCUGAGCCUGACCAAACACCUAACCAUCUCAAAGCAGCCAUCUCUGUAGAACUGAUUAAAGAAAGGAAGACAGCGUGUCAUUUACCUUGAGUGUUGAGUGCUAUUCAACGAGAACAGAUUUUUUUUUUUCCGCUAGAUCUUCAAAGACUAUUUUAGCUGCUGUGAAGAAUUUACUUUUCAAAACUUCACUCUGAAUAAAGCCCAGGGAAGGCCUUUCUGAAUCUAGAAGAUUCUUGCCUCUGACUCUAGGUCAAAUGCCAUCAUAGCAGAUGCUGCAGUCAUCAUCCACUGACAGACCCAGAAUCUAAAGAAUCAUUUGAUGGUCUAGAGCUGCUGUGUUUGAGAAGCACUUGGUUCUUCUCUCUGGGGCCUUGAUCUGCCACCUGAGGCUCCUUCCAAGCAGUGAAAGAUGAACACCAUGGGUUCCACCAAGGAAGCCUUUGGGGUUGGCACAAAGGAGCCACCCACUGUUGUCCUGUGCCACUCGGCAACCAGUGGAAGUUCUUGUGGCCCUGGGGUGGCCCUGUGUUCUGCCAUCCCCUCCUCUGUGCCAAGGUGCCCAGUCCCUGGAGGCAGUUCCCUGGCAGGUCAAGCCUCUGCCCUCAGAGGGGAGCAGCCAAGAGACUUUCUGGAGGCCUGAGCUGUUCUAUGCAGGCCCCCUCUAUGAGCUCACAUUGCCCCAUCACUCCCCUGGCCAGUAGAAAGGCCCUCAUCCCAGUCAGAAUCCCUGCGAUUGACGUCCCCACCCCCAACAAGGCGCUUGCAGGUCAGGCGGCUGUGCGCUGAGCAGAGAGGCAUGCUCGGCAGACCCUCACUCGAGUGUAGUGUUACUUCAUGAUACAUAGAAGGCAUUUAUGACUGAAAUCCUCGGUUCCCCCUCCCCCGAGGGCCCCCUUCAUCUUGCUCCUUCCUCUGCUUAUUACCUGACUUGUGGAACCUGGGUCUCUCGGCUUUACCUAAUGGAAAUCCAGAGCCGUUUUCUCUCAGAGAAGCAACGUGUGUGAUGGGGCUGCAGGGGUCCCUAGGCCCUACCCACGUGUCUACCAGAGACAGUAUUACCUACCCGUCUAUAUCACCUCUCCUCCUGUCGUGUAUCUGCACAUACAAAAAUGUACUGGGGAAGAAAAUCUCCCACGCCCUUGUAAACAUGUUCUCUGAAAAGAUCUAAAAUAUUUAACAAAAGAUAAUAAUAAAGUUGAUGCCAGUCUUUGAGUUACAAUGAAUGGAUUAUAAAUUUAGUCCAAGACCGCUGUGAAAAUUGGGUUUUAUUCCUCCCUUCCCCCAGAUUACCUGCUCCACGAUGCUACUAGGCAAGG